AUUUUCAAAUACACUAAGUCAUUUCAUAAAUAAAGGAUAAUUUGACAACAAUAAUUUAUUAUAAAUAUAGUUUUGUGUUGAAAAAGAUUUUUCUUUUUUGCAUUUGAUUCUUGAAGAUAAAAAUGGAUGUUUGUAACUUUUCCCCAAUAAUAGAAAAUCUUCUUCUGCUCAAAAUACUUUUUUAAUUAACCAAACAUCUCAAAUAAACAAAUUUAGCACCAUGAAAUUUAGCCAAACAUGCUGUAAGAAUUUUUUAUUUUUUUUUGGAUUCAAGACAAACAAUGAGCCGUGUAAUACAUUGGGACCGGGAGUAGCCGACUUUGCGCAUAAAUUUAUUUAAGACCUAAGCUGUCAGUUUCGUUGAACAUUUUAGUAGGGACGUCGUAUUAUCAUCAGCAGUGUGGAUAAAGAUAGAUAUUACCUAUUCUUGCUUUUCUCUCUCUUACACACCUAUCACCAUCUACCCACCUAAAACACCAUUUAGUUUCUUACUAUUUCACUAAUCUAAUUCUAUGUAUAAUAUCCUCUGAUUUUGUCCUUCUUUUUUGGGAGCUCGAUCUUUGCUAUCAUCUGUGUUCUCUUCUUCCCAAGGUCAUUCAUUAGGGAUAAAAUAUGUCCCACCAACCAGGAGAUGAUGCUGAAUACAUGGCAGAUGAAUAUGAAAUGGAAGAUGUAGAUGAUGAUAUGGAUGAUGAGUUUCAUGGCAGAGAUAUGGGUGGCUCUGAUUCAGAUGUAGAUGAGUAUGACUACAUGAAUUAUAAGAUGCAAGAUACCUCUGCUGCUGAGGCAAGGAGAGGCAAGGACAUUCAAGGGAUUCCCUGGGAAAGGCUUAGCAUAACUAGGGAGAAAUACAGGCAAGCGAGAUUAGAGCAAUAUAAGAACUAUGAAAAUAUUCCUCAAUCUGGGGAGGCAUCGGAGAAGGAUUACAAAACCACAAAGAAAGUGUGUGUGUUUUAUGAAUUCCGACGUAAUUCACGAUCUGUUAAAUCAACCAUAUUACACUUCCAGCUGAGGAACUUGGUCUGGGCAACUUCCAAGCAUGAUGUGUACCUUAUGUCACAUUUCUCCGUCAUGCACUGGUCAUCAUUGACCUGCAGCAAAAACGAAGUUCUCAAUGUAUCAGGGCAUGUAGCACCACGUGAGAAACAUCCUGGAAGCCUCUCGGAAGGAUUUACGCAAACACAGGUCAGCACUCUUGCAGUGAAAGAUAACUUGCUUGUUGCUGGGGGUUUUCAAGGGGAACUUAUUUGCAAGCAUCUAGAUAGGCCCGGCGUUUGUUUCUGUUCCAGGACAACAUAUGAUGAUAAUGCCAUUACUAAUGCUGUUGACAUUUAUCACACUGUCAGUGGUGCACUACAUUUUAUAGCUUCAAAUAAUGAUUGUGGAGUUAGAGAUUUUGAUAUGGAGAAAUUUCAACUGUCCAAUCAUUUUUGUUUUUCCUGGCCAGUAAAUCAUACGUCUCUGAGCCCUGAUGGUAAGCUUCUCGUAAUAGUGGGGGAUAAUGCUGAAGGUCUAUUGGUUGACCCGAGGAAUGGGAAGGCUGUUGCACCUUUGUGUGGACAUGCAGACUACUCGUUUGCAUCAGCAUGGCAUCCUGAUGGCAUAACUUUUGCAACCGGGAACCAGGAUAAAACCUGUAGAAUAUGGGAUUUACGGAACUUGUCCAAGUCGUUCACUGCUUUGAAGGGUAACCUUGGAGCUAUUCGGUCAAUCCGCUACACAUCUGAUGGAAGAUUUAUGGCUAUGGCUGAGCCUGCGGAUUUCGUCCAUGUUUUUGAUGUAAAAAGUGGGUAUGAGGAGGAGCAACAAAUUGAUUUCUUUGGUGAGAUAUCUGGCAUCUCUUUCAGUCCUGAUACAGAGUCUAUAUUCAUUGGAGUUUGGGAUCGGACAUACGGUAGCCUCCUUGAGUUUGGACAUCGCCACAACUAUUCGUACCUUGACACAAUAAUCUGAGCACUCCAGACAGGUUUGGGUGUGUUUAUGUCCCCUUCAAGUGGUUCUAUCUCGACUUUGUAAACCAGUAGCAUAGAGUUAGUAACAGAUUUAGGUGUAUAUCUUUUUACAGUGUGCUAUUUAGGUCUCGUAAAGUGUUGUGAACCGUUUCAAAUGUCAAUAGGAGGAAUGAAGGGUUUUAUAGAGCGCUAGCUCCAGAUGUGAACAAGAAACAAGAGUGGUUUCCUUGGGCGGAGACCAUAAAUGAGAUCUGGUGGCUACUGAUGUGUGGGCUCUGAGAGUUGACACCUAGCAUUUGAAUGUUCAUUGCAUUUGUCAACUGAAGCAAUUGAGAAUUGUAUCGAGUAUCGACUUUGGUAAGCGUGUUCUGUCUUGUAUUAUCUUAAAUAAUCCGUCAACAAAUUGCACAUACAAAACCAGUUGGGUUUGGCAAUUUCAAUCGGCAUUGUUUCAAGUGGAAAAAAGAAAUUGGCUGUACGUGAUAUUUGCAGCAGAUUUUGGAGGAAACACUAGUCCCAAAUUGAAGCGAGUGAGGCUUCUUUUUCCUUCUAAUUUUUAGUUUAAUGGUCUAAAGGAGUUGUAUUAUAUUAGCUAAGGUAACAAAGGUAGCCCUAUCUAUUACAUAUUAAUAGUGGAUGGAGCGACUCACCCGUUUCAUUACAGAAAAGGGGAAUGUCUAAUAAAUGGUUCUACGCCAAAAGGGUGACAGAAGUUUGCACUG